CCUUGGAGCAAACUUCUGCUUCUCUCCAGGGCCAUUUCUAGGCAGGGCACUGGUGUCUCCUGCUCCAGCUCCCCAUCUGUGCAAGGAGAAGCUCAAGAUGCAGCCCCUGUGGGCAAUGCUGAUCUGCCUGGCUGGGGGACAGCUGGCAAGUGCCACCCUCUGCAAGACCUAUGGCAGCAUCCCAGGGAUCCCAGGGAAACCAGGACAGCCUGGCAGCAAUGGCAGAGAUGGGGAGGAUGGCCCAAAGGGUGAGAGAGGUCCCCCUGGCCAGGUGGAGCAGGAAGGAGAAGUGGGGGAGAAAGGAGCCCCGGGAGAUCCAGGCUAUCCUGGCAAGAGCGGCCCCAGAGGUCCCCCUGGUCCCCCUGGCUUACCGGGUCUCAUGGGACCUCCCGGCCCUCGGGGGGACUUUGGGGACUACAAGGCCACCAUCAGGUCUGCCUUUUCAGCUGCCAGGACCAUCAGCUCCUACCCACGCCGGGACCAACCCAUCCAUUUCGACCGCAUCCUCACCCCCAGGGACGGGCACUACGAGAGCCGCUACGGCCGCUUCCUCUGCAGGGUCCCGGGCAUCUACUACUUCACCUACCACAUCACCUCCAGGGCCAACCUCUGCCUCAGUGUGAAAAAGGGACAAGGUGGCAGCAGAGGGGAGAAGGUGGUGACCUUCUGUGACUAUGUCCACGGCAGCUACCAGGUCACCACGGGUGGCGUGGUCCUCGCCGUGGCAGCCAACGAGUCCGUCUGGCUGGAGCCCACUGAGAAGAACUCGGUGGUGGGGAUUGAAGGCUCUGACAGCAUCUUCUCUGGUUUCCUCAUCUUCCCCGAGGCUUAAGCUCUCUGCAGCCCUUCCUUGCUGCUGCCUGGCCCACACGGGGCUGAGGUGGCCCCAGGAGAUGACCUCUCACUCCAAACGUGGUGCCCCAAGCCCAGCGCUACUCAUCUUGCACAUUAAAUGAAAUCUCCU